AACCGUUAAAUUGGGGAAACAUUAAAGAGCCUUGAAGAAAAGAGGGUCAAACGGUUUCUACGUACUGUAACUUAAUGGAGUAACGUACAAUGAAUUGUGGGAGAUAGUGAUAAAUUAGUGCUCCCUUUGAAUGGUGCAUUUAGUCGGUUGUGUGUUCUUAUCAGUAGUCAUUGAACGUUUUGUCUGCACAAGUUGACGGUUUUGAACAUUUUGACUUUUUCAUGAAAAUGUAACCAUAUCCCAUGUUUUAAUGUAUGUUGAUGUUGCGCAUGCGUAUUCAUCCUCGUUUGUUGUUGGAGGAAAACGCCGCGCGGUUGUGAAAUUGAAUUGAAUUGGAAACAUAGCUAACGUUGUCGUGCCUUUGAAAUAAAUGGCAGUAUCCAACAUGUUAUCUUUCGUGACAGCCCUUUAGCUUGCGGAGUCACCAGGCCAGCAGCAGGACUGAACGAAAGCCAGGUUUGCUAGCUACAAGCUUGUAACUUCAAGCUAGCUGCAGCGCCACUGUCAACAUCAACAUGGCACACUGGAGCACCUUCGAAAAGGAGACAGAGAGAGAAACGAAAGCGUUAAUAAGAUGUAUCAGCGGGGUCGAGGAUGAGGAUGACCAGAACUUUCAGCUGGCACUGAAAUUUGCCUGGACCAAUUUCAGGUUUCAUCGUUACUUGGACGUGGACAGCCAUAAAGUCCAACGCAGUAUAAGUGGAAUCUAUGAAAAGCUGAUGGUCCACUCAGAUGUGAGUAAAGCAGAAAGCUGGACGAGGCUGACUGAAGAGUUCCUGAACACACCUUUACCUAAUACAGAUGGAACAAAGAGUGAUGUACACUACAGUGUCCUGUCACUGCUGCUCUUAUUAUCGGGGUCCCCGUCAAACACAAACUUCACUGAGAGACCCAGGGUGAAGGAGGCCGAAGAAGUGGACAGCUUUGACUGGGCCAAAUAUCUGAUGGAGGGUGAAGACAUAGACAUUGGACCAUAUCCAGAUACCCCUGAGUGGUCUGAGGAAGAGAGCGAAGAGGAUGACAGCCAGCAGCCAAUCAGCAGGGAAGACUCUGGGAUCCAGUUGGACAGAACGCCCCAGGAAGACCAGGACAACAACAACAAGACAGUUCCAGUUACAUGGAAAGUGGGUGAGCCUGACGCCAGGGCCUGGCUUGAACAGCAUGUAGUGACCCCGUACUGGGUGGCUCACGCUCCUCGCUUUCCUCACAGCUUGCAUUUACACUCCAACUUGCUCAAUGUGUGGGAUCAGCACUUGUAUAACACUGAUCCAUUGUAUCUGCCCGAAGAAAAGGCCUUUGUCACAGAGACCCAAGUCAUACGGGAGACAUUGUGGCUUCUCUCUGGGGUGAAGAAACACUUUAUAUUCCAACACCAUGAUGGAAAAGUGUCCGUAAGGAAUAACGUGGUGGUAACUCAUCUGACCAGUAACUGUCUGCGCUCUGUACUGGAGCACAUUGCUGUGUACGGGCAGGCGGUGUUCAGGCUGCAGAGGUUCAUUGAUGAGGUGACGGGGUACAGCUCGGAGCCGUGCCCACCAGGCUCCGGUUCCUCCUACAGCUCCAAGAAGGGCUCCGAGCCUCCCUUCAGGACCUACCAGGCCUUUGUGUGGGCACUUAACAAGCACUUCACCAGCUUCAAAGAGGAGCUCACCACAAUUGAGAGAAAGAUCAUAUGCAAUGAUGAGACGGUGACCCUGUCUGCUGUUCUGGAGCAACUCAAUCCUCACUUGGCACAAAUCAAAGUGCUGCACAAAGUCUUCUGCACCGGAGUUGCCGAAGUCCCCCCUGAGACCCCGAAUGUGGUGCGGGCCUCUCACUUGCUCAACACCCUGUACAAAGCUAUCAUAGAGUAUGACAGCGUCGGGGAAGCAUCAGAGCAAGCGGUGGCCUUGUUAUUUUCUCUGUGGACGGAGACAGUCAGACCAUAUCUGGAGAUUGUGGAUGAAUGGAUUGUUCACGGCCACCUGUUUGACCCUGCCAAAGAGUUCAUCAUCCAGAGGAACAAGGAUGUCCCGGUGAACCACAGGGACUUCUGGUACGCCACGUACACGCUGUACAGUGUGUCGGAGACGGUGGAGAACGAGGAGAAGCUGAACGAUGCAGCCAGUGGGAGCUCCGGGGGCGAUCAGGGCUCCAGCAACAAGCAGCUCACCAUGGUGUCCUUCCUCAAGCCCGUGCUCAAGCAGAUCAUCAUGGCCGGGAAGUCCAUGCAGCUGCUCAGAAAUCUGGACUGCAAGGAGACUGAACAGUCAGAGAGAUCCUCCAGAGAUGCAGAGAGGAAGAGUUUAUACACACUGUUUCUGGAGUCAGUGCAAGCACGCCUUUGUAGUCGGGAGGAGUCGCCCACAGACACAGUAACGGAACAGCAGGCCACCAGGAGGAGCCUCAUAAAGAUGCAGGCCAUCAUUGCACAGACCCUGGAGAUCGAAGACGUCCACGAUCCCUUGUUGGCCAUCAACUUUGCCAGGCUGUACUUGGAGCAGACUGACUUCCACGAGCGUUUCUCCGGAGGCGAUUUCAUCGUGGACCGCUCAUCUCAGGCUGUCACCUGCCAAACGUUUGAGCUCACCCUGCGCUCCUGCCUCUACCCCCACAUCGAGAGGAGGUACAUCGAGUGCUGCGGGAACCUCAUGAAGACACUGAAAAAAGACUACAAGCUGCUGGAAUACCUCCAAGCAAUGAGGAACUACUUCCUGUUGGAAGCCGGAGACUCCAUGUAUGACUUUUACACAGCCAUCUUUGACAAGGUGCAGGAGAAGGAGAGCUGGCAGCAGCCGUCUUUUCUCAACGUUCAGCUGCAGGAGGCAGUGGGACAGCGCUACCCGGAGGACAGCGGGAGGUUGUCAGUCUUCUUGGAGACCAUCGACCCUGCCAGGAAAAAACAUCCUGUGAAUAAUCUGGAAGUGCUCACCCUGGGUUACAAGGUUCCCUGGCCGGUCGACAUUGUCAUCAGCUCUGAAUGUCAGAAGAUCUACAACCAAGUGUUUCUCCUCCUGCUGCAGAUCAAAUGGGCCAAAUACAGUUUGGACACACUUCGGUUCAGUGAUUUCACAGACAUCACUAAGAAACUGGAGGGAGCACUGGCUGAGGAAGUAAAGGUCAAAGACCCUAUAAAUCAGCAGAUUCACAGAAUGUGCCUGCUCCGGGUCAAACUGAUGCACUUUGUCAACAGCCUUCACAACUACAUCAUGACCAGGAUUCUGCACAGCACAGGACUGGAGUUUCAGCACCAAGUACAGGAAGCAAAGGACCUGGACCAGCUGAUCAAGAUCCAUUACAGAUAUUUGGCAACCAUUCACGACCGCUGCCUCCUGAGGGAGAAGGUCAGUUUUGUGAAAGAGGCAAUAAUGAAGGUUCUCAAUCUAGUCCUCAUCUUCUCUGACCGGUGGCAAGCUGGAUUUGGAGCCUGGAAGAUCGAGUCCAUUGAUAAAAUGGAAUCCGAUUUCAAGAACUGUCACAUGUUCCUUGUGACGAUACUCAACAAGGCUGUGUGUCGGGGCUCCUUCCCUCAUUUGGAGUCUCUCGCCCUCUCCCUGAUGGCAGGCUUUGAGCAGUGCUGAGGAUCCACGCUGUCCAUGCUGUCUGUUCUGAUGCGGUGGACUGAACUCCACUGUUUGCUUCUCUGUUCAGCUGCUGUCUGUUCUCUGACUGCUGUCAUUGUUUAUGAUGAUGUGCAACAUGAUGCAUGAUGUCAUUAUCUGCUCCGACUGCUGGAGAUGGACUCGGACUCUGAGAUGUUGGAAGAUUAUCUGUGUCUCUUAAGGACCCCAGUCAAACAAGCUACUUGUGAACAUACAUUACAAAAGUGUAACUUUUUGUAUGAAGGUGUUUUUUUAAGAGUUGUUAUGUUGAUUUGUUAAUAAUGUGUAUAUACAAAGCACAAUAAAUCUUGAACAAAGAUG